AAGAGAGAUGCUGUGAUGGUAGCUCCCCGAAAAUCAGAAGCGAGACGCGCGCGGGAGGAGACGAGGAGCGGCGGCGGGAGGCAGGCCGGCCUCGACAGCGGCGCAGGGUCGAGAAUAAGAAACGGUGAUCUGUCCCACUUGGCGAAAUGCCUUGUUACUACGACGUUGCCGACAUCCUCAUGGAGGAGGAGCUUAUUUCGGUUGUUUUCCAAGUAACUGCAAAUGGCGUUGGUCUACUGGAUCCUGGCGCGGAGAGAAACAGUGUUGAAAAGGGUGCUAAAGUAGACCUUCCAUUUUGGCUUGCGCAUGGAAUGCUGUCUCUGGAACAAGCAGUGUCAAUAAAUGUACCUCCUUGCUUCACCCAGAAAACUCGGAAGGAGAUCCAAGCUGAUGCAGCCUGUGUUGAUUUGAGGGUUCGGUGCCCUUACUUUUAUGAGCUCGGAUGCAAAAUUGUUCCUCUGGUGGGUGACAAGAGCAUUGGCCAGUUCCUGCGCUACGCGUUCACCAGUAGGUACAAGGAGAUACUAAGCAAGGCACACAGCUCUUCGACGAUGACAGUGCCCAAGUUGGCAACGCGCCUUACGAAAGAAGAAGCUCAAGUGUUUGAAUCUGCUAGGGAGUCGAUGUCCGCCUUCAGGAAGUGGCGCGUCGGGGGUGCGAGGUUGCAGAAGGCGUCUAUUCUUGGAAGGAAGAGGAAGACAAAGCUGCCUGAUGGGCCUUCGACGCCCUGAAACUGUUUUUACCGGGUCGGACAGGGCCGAUGCUUGUACACCAAUCGAUCUGGUACUGUAGCUGACGGAACAAAAAAUGCACGAAAGGCAGUUCUGAUCGGCGAUCAGACUGUAUGUACGUAUUUCAAUCUGGUGCAUCACUAACCUGUGCUACUGCUAGCGCUCUGUGGUAGCGAGCGUCACUGGCGUCGUUUACUUGUAUCAAUGGAUCAGUUACUUACAGUUACAGUACAGGUGCAGUCAAAUAA